CCAACAAAUUCACUUUCAAAUAUAAAGGGCAAUCCCACUAUUACUUCACCCGAUUGUGGAGGAUGUUCAAAUCUUGGAGAACAACUUUCCAAUUCAGAAAUGGACAUUCAUUCCCGUUCUCGUUCAAGCCAUCUGAUUCUGCUGUUUCGGUUGACUCAACAGAUCAAACUGACGUAGAAAAUGAAGAAAUUGUGGCAAAGAGACGAUUGUUGGAAGAAUAUUAUACUGAACGAAUCUCUACUUUAACAAAAUCUUUGCAACAUGCCACUGGACGAGCGACAUAUUACAAACAAGAGUGUGAGGAACUUGUUAGAAAAGGUCUUUCUGAUGCUGGGCAAAUUGAAGAACUGCAAAGCAAAGUUCGUGAUCUUGAAGACAAAUGCACAUUGCUGCAUGAAACACUUGAGACAACACAACAAAACUAUGGCGAGCAAAUGAAACAACUCCAUGAAUAUAUGGCUGAACAAGACGAUAAAAUGAAUUCAUCUACACAAGAUGAUCAACUUUAUCAAGCAGUAACUAGAAAUGGAGUUGGAUCGAAGAAACGUGAAAAAAGACCAAUGAGUUGGUUCUCCUCUUCUUAA